AUGGAAUCCAAAACCCUUCACCCGGCCGUCACGGUCUCCAACAUUAAAACGGCCAUCCCCGUCACACUUGAGAUGGAAACCGGCCACUGGUCUACAUGGUCGGAAUUAUUUAAACUCCAUUGCAAGGCCUUCCAAGUUUAUGAUCAUCUACUACCCCGCCCACCACCUGCCGCCAGCCCAUCCACCGAAAAAGAUAAAGAUAAAACCGUUGAAACAUCCACUGCCAACGAAGCCUGGGAGCGCCUGUAUUCCAUUGUCCUUCAAUGGAUUUAUGGAACCAUCUCUCAGGAUCUCGUUCACACUAUCAUCAAGCCUUGUACGACCGCCCACCAAGCAUGGACUACCCUUGAGAACCUGUUCCAAGAUAACAAGAGUGCUCGCACUCUCCACCUUCGCCAUCGGUUCACCACUACCCGUCUCGAGAACUUUGCUAAUGUUUCAGCCUACUGUCAAGAACUUAAAGUGCUAUCCGAUCAGUUAGCUAGCGUGGGAAAUCCCGUUGACAAUGAUGCUCUCGUUCUACAACUCAUCGCCGGUCUCACUGAACAGUAUGAAGGCAUCGGCACCGUGCUUCAAGGUCAAGAUCCACUGCCACCAUUCGCCACUGCCCGUUCCAAACUUUGUCUCAUUGAAUCGCACAAGCAGGAACAGGCCCUUCAUGCCGCCAAAGCCACGGGUACGGCUCUUCAAACAUCCACCCGCCCAGCUCCUCCAACCCCAGCUCAUACCGCGGACUUCUCUCCUUCAUCUGACCGUAGUCGCGGUCGUGGUCGCGGUAGGCAUGGCUCAGGCAGAGGACGCUCACACUAUUGGCCCCACCCAUACCCGUCUUACAACUACUGGCCGCCACCUCCUUAUGGUUGGCCGACUAAUGGGCCGAACCAACAGUAUCCUCCACAAUGGGCCUCGCCUCCAUGCCCCUAUCCUACCACCAGUUCUCGGCCACACAACAACAAUGGGGCAGGCAUAUUAGGGUCCAAACCAUCGCAGGCUCAUCACGCGGCUUACGUUCCAACGGAUACCAAUCAGGCACUUAAUGCAAUGUCAUUGAACCAGAAUGAGCCGACAUAUUUUAUGGAUACCGGGGCGACAAGUAACAUGUCUAAUACCUCUGAUAAUUUUCACUCUUUUUCUAAUAAUAGCAUGGGACAACAAAUAUCGUCUGUGAUGGCUCCACCAUCCCGGUACUUGGACAUGGCACUAAAACAUUACCCAACCCAUUCCCUCCCCUUGUUCUUAAAAAUGUUUUAUAUGCUCCCAAACUGCUUAAAAAUUUAA